AUCAUGGCGAAACGUGGGACUUGAUGCAGCGUCGCUGGGCAAAAUUAGAAAAGGAUUUUAAAUUGAAAAAUGAAAAAUUUGACAUUAGCAAGAUUCCAGAUAUAUACGAUUGCAUUAAAUAUGACCUACAACACAACCAGCAUACUUUGCAGUUUACACAUUCAGAAGAAUUAUAUAUAUAUGCAAAAGCUUUAGCAGAUAUUGUCAUUCCUCAGGAAUAUGGUAUCACCGAACAAGAAAAAUUAACAAUCGGAUUAGGCAUUUGCACUCCUCUGUUGAAAAAAAUACGUGCAGAUCUUCACAGAAAUAUCGAUCCAACUGAAGAAGAUACAGAAACUGUAAAUAGAUUAAAUCCUAUGUAUUCUCAUGGAGUUUCUUCACCCGAACGGCACGUUCGCACUCGGCUUUAUUUUACCAGCGAAAGCCACAUUCAUUCACUUUUGACGGUCCUUCGUUACGGUGGAUUAAUAGACGAAAGUAAAGACGAACAGUGGCGAAGGGCAAUGGAGUAUGUCAGUGCCGUAUCCGAACUAAAUUAUAUGACACAGAUAGUAAUUAUGCUGUAUGAAGAUCCUACAAAAGACUGUACUUCAGAAGAACGUUUUCACGUUGAAUUACAUUUCAGUCCUGGCGUUGUUUGUUGCGUUCAGAAGAAUUUACCUCCUGGACCGGGAUUUAGACCUCAGUCGAGGAGUGGACCAAAGGACAGACAAAUUUGCAUGCACCAUGGCUUAGGUAAUCCCUCCGAUUUGGAUAAACCGUGCUGUAUCGAAGAGGAGGAAGAUGAUCUAACACUGGAAGAAGAGACAAAGUUUGAUGACUUGGGCAGUGAGCCUGAAUCUCCGACCAUCCUGGAAGAAACGGAAUCGAAAGAAGACAAGUCUCCCGAGUACUUGUACGUUCACGAGUCUCUUCGUCCCAAACCUUCGGACCCCAUUCCCAUCGAAUUGUCUCCCAGGGCCGCUUCCAUUUCCGGAAGCGAAGUGAUAAACAAGCCAUUUCCCAUCAUGCGAAGUCAGUCGGACUUUUCUCGUCCCAGGAGUCUGGAGUGCGAAAACGUCACCGCCAAAACCAAGGUGGAAAAAGAAAGUCCCCACACCCAAAGUCUGGAAGACGUGUCCGUGACUAACAAAACCGACGAUGACGUAGCAGAAGGAUUUCACCGUCACAGACAUUCCAUUCCCGGACAGCUCAGUAAUUACUUACGAAUGUGUAGCGCUGCCGACUUGCCCAAAGUUUGCGGCUCGUCGGGAAGUCUCUUCAGCACGGCCAUCAUCAGCGGAUCUUCCAGCGCUCCCGAGCUGAAGAACGCCGUACCGCCCACCGCUCCAGAAGGUUUCAUGAGCGUUCCCACCAUCCGUCCUCUGGAGACGUUGCACAACGCGCUGUCGCUGUGUCAGCUGGACAGCUUUCUGGAGAGGAUGACCAGCGCCUCCUUCCGCCUGCCCCUGCAGUCGUCGAACAAGGCGGUGCCCUGCAACAGCGCCUCUUCCAUCCACUCGUAUUCGAACAAUCACCCUGUGGCCCUGCCCAUCGUUUCUCCUUCCAACAGUAUUAUUUGGAGCGGUCCCCCGUCGUUCGUGUCCAGCAGCGGACCUUCCAGCCCCAAUUCGUCCACCCUGGACAUCUGGACGCGCCUGAGGCAGAUGGCGGAAAUGGACUCGUACACCACCAGCGAGUGUUCCGGACCCGACAGUAGAAACAGCUACAGCAACCCUCCUUCGCCUCACGAUCCCCGACUAUACAACAACAGUUUGUAGCGGGUCCCGACGCUUCUCUCCGUUCUUCACUUAUUUAUUAAUCCGGAGGGGGGCGCCGUCCCCCGAAACAUUCCAUCCCUCAUCCUGUACAUAGAUUCAUCCGGAUCAUUCUGUGUAUAGACGUGCGGGAAGUCUUCGUGUGUAGAUAUUCGGACCAGCGAAUAAAGCACUUUCUUUCCUUA